UUCAUGUGAAAAACUGCUGAUAAAAUGAGAGAAAUAGCAGACUUUUCAUACCAUUCUCUUUAGGGGAAAAAAACUGCAGUGAUGACAGUGUGAACACUGAUAACACUGUGGUUUCUUUUACUGCGGGUACUUUUUAUCAGCUCAAAUGUGGUCUCAUUUAAACCAGAGUGGGAAAGCAAAUCAAAUCAAAAUCUUAUAGAGCGAUAAGAAAAUUUCCUUUCAAGUUUGCAACAAUUUAUGUAAGAGACAACAAAUUAGCAAAGCUUUAAGUUAAAAAUGACUGAUCUUUGGACUCUGUAGUUUGGGACCCACUAAACAAAUUGCCCUUUUAAAUGACAUGUUUCUGUAUGCAGUUUUGUCUGUGGUGUCUCCGAGGGGCUCUGUUACACUUGGGGGCGCAUCUGGGGAGAGGACACACAGAGGAAGAGCCGGACAGCCGGAAAGAGGAACCGAGAGGCGCACUUGAUUAGUUAUGCAGCUCAGCUGUUUUUAUCUGUGCUGCCCAGUCAACCACAGCCAUGGUUUCAGCUAUUUGUAGGCAUUGUCACAUUAUUACACAGAGACCCAUAUAUAUGCACUCCCAAGCCAGAUGUAAUUUUGUAAGCGGUUAUGUCAGUGGAACUCUUACAUGCUCAGGCUCUUCUCUGUGGCUUCCUGCAGAACCCGGCCCUAACGUGAAGGUGCUGGCCCCCGGCAGCAAGGUGACCCUGAGCUGUAGUGGCCGUGUCACCGUAGAUGGAGCGGAAGUGGCACUGACCGCACACGGACAGGCAGAGAGCGAUGAAGGGGAACACAGGGGGGCAAGGAACUCAGUAUGGAGCACCAGCAAGGAAGGAUAUGGUGUCUCCUCCACAGUGGCGGUGAAGACGCGUGAAGGGACAAGCAUGGCCACGGUGACAGAUGACUUGAAUCAUUCCACCCACCAUUUGAUGUCAGUCAAGCCCACUGCUAACAUGGAAGAUCACACGUUGUCUUCAGAGGAGGGGGCUGAAACAACAGCCAACACAUCCAGUGUGAACCAAAAGAUCGCUGAGACCCUCGGUACAGCAAGACGAAUGGUUAGGGGUUUGAAACAAGCGGUGCAGUGGAGACGGAAUGGCCGUCCCCUCCGCAGCAACGAGCACAGAAGGGACCUUCUGGAGCUUGGCCCCCUUAAUCUUUCCAACUCAGGAAACUACAGCUGUUACAAAGAGGAGAGACUGUCAUUUUCUAUUAAAAUUGUUGUUUGGGGUGAGGAUGCACACACUGAUUCUGCAUUCUUCACGUUGUACUCAUCUGACCAUCUCUCUAAUAAUCAGUCUCGGAUCUCGGUCUGUGACUUUGUAAUUAACGUACAGCUCCUACUUCUCAUGCUGCUCAUGAUUAUUAUUAUCGCAGUCGUGCCACUUUUUACCCUUCCUUUACCCUGUCUUUGUCUUUCAUUAGAUCCCUCACUUUCUCUGGAGAAACCUUCCUUAUCUUGCUAUAGGAAGUCACCUACAAGUAAAAUCCGCUGUGACUGGACAGCUAGUAAGCCUGUGGUCCCAGUUCCCCAGUGUCACCUCAUUCUAAGAAAAGGAGUACUGGGCCAGUACAUGAAAAGUCCCUGCAUGUACUCGGAGUUCAAAGAUCGCUGCUGGUGUGUUCUGGAUCCAGACGAGAGGAUGACUAGUUACUUGGCUUUUCUCUGUGUCUCCAACAUUGUUGGAAAUGUAACCAGUCCCGGUUUUGACCUGAAUCCACGUGACGUUGUCAAACCGGACCCACCUUAUAACGUUACUGUCCGGGAGGACAAGGCAAGGGAAAACAGGCUUAUAGUGUCCUGGAGAAAACCCAUCACAUGGAAGGCUGAUUACUAUCAACUCGUGUACCAGCUGCGCUACUCUGUCCUCAUGAAUGGUGAAAUUAAAGGAGCGCAACAAAUUGUUACUAAGAAGCUUGAGCACACAAUCAUGGAUGCCCUCUCCCACACCCCGUAUGUGCUGCAAGUUAGAGCCAAGGAAGAGUUUGAUAUUGGCCAGUGGAGUGAAUGGAGCACACAUUUGUACACCCCGACCCGGAGAGGCCCUGAGUCAAGUGCAACAAAUAAUCCCAUGGACUCUUUUGACACAGCAAUGUAUAAUGUGUGGUGUUCUGAAGGCUCUGGCAUGGCUGACACUGAAAAUGUGAUGUCUGUGUCUGAGCGCCCCCAGCUUGACAGCCAAUUGCUACUGCAUGUGUCUUGGGCCGUUGGAGCCUGUCUGCUGCUGACUAUCAUUGUUCUCUUUGCCUACAUCAUCAGACUCAAACACAGAACGCGAUUUAUGUGUAAACUUCCAAAGCUGAGUCGCAGUUCUCAGUCCCAGGCUGCAUCACCACCCUCCUCACCUCUACCCAAAGAAGAAGGAAACCCCCUUGUCUUCCCAGAACUCUCUGCCCCCACCCAGAACACAGACAACAUCUUCCAGGAAGAGGAGGAGAGGGGGGAAGGUAUUCACCUUAACAACAUGGGCUACUUCCUGGCAAUAAAAGAGUGAGAGAUGAACCCUUUCAGUUCUGUACGUGUGUGCCUUAUCUGCACUGUAUUAUAUGCUGUAGAAAAUGCACUGUGCUCUCAUGAACAUAAGAAUGAAACUGAACACCAAGUAGGUCAUCAGAGACAUUUCAAGUCCAUGUGUAUGAGUUAAACAUAACAUCUCCUGUUGGCACCUGUUGCUUUUUACAUUGUGCUUUCUGUGUUGUCACAUUCUCCUGGAAACAGAAGACAAAGCUGUAAUUUUUUUUUCCAGUUUCACUUCAAAGAAAUAUGUGUAACAAUAUAUCUGUAUCUGUGUAUAGACAUGUAGAAGUGUGGCCAUUUUAAAU